AGAGAGAGAGAGAUGAUUUUUAUAUAAGCGUAGGCUAUUUUUUUUCGUUCCUAUAUAAAAAUGAUCUAUGUAAGAAGUGUAAAAUAUCGUUGACAUUGUUGCAUUGAUAUAAUAUCACACGAUAACCAAACAGUGUGAGUACAUUUACACUGCAUCAUCAUCAUCAUAAAGGAGAAACUCGACUGGAAUUCACGAGUGUUUAUUGUACAGAAAUACAAAAAAAUCUAUUUAGAUAUAUACACUUUUCUUUGCUACAAUCAAGGUUGUGCAGUCACAUUAAAAAGAAGAAAAAAACCGUACAUUGAGUCACACAUACACGUAAUAACUACCAAACCAAGUAUAUCAAACUAAAAAAAACCGUUCUAUCUAUCUAUUGUGUCAGUAGUAGUACUGAGUAGUAGUGAAUGCUAAAUUUGCAGCACUUGUUAAUUUUAAUUUCAGAAUGAUUAACAAAGUACAAAUUAAGAAAUCAAUAAAACUCUGUUCACUUCUCAUUAUAUGGAUUGUAUUUCUUAGUGAUCAUAUGAUGUAUGCAAAAAUUUCUACAAUUAAAAAACUUUUCGGACAUGCUAAAUUGGAUAGUAAUUAUCAGAUUAUUAAUAAUGAACAUGAUAAUUUAUUUUCAGGAUUUUUAUAUUCAAAAGAAUUAACAAUUAAUGAUCUAUUGGAUGUGUUGGCUGAAUUAAAAAACUAUGUUACACGUUAUGAUCAUCAAAUUGUAUGUGCUGGUCUACUACAAGAAGAAGAAGAAGAAUCGAAAGAUGAAAUGUGUAAAAUUGUUAUACAUCAAUUAGCAUUGAAAUAUUUUGAAGCUGCAUUGAAUACAUCCAAUGGACAAUUUAAAUCGUAUGUUUGGCGACAAGUACACAAUGAUGAAUUAUAUGGUGUAAUGCUUAUUUUAGAUCCGAAACAAGGUAAUGCACAAGAUGAUAUGCAUCAAAUUCUCAAAGCAUCCACUUAUCAACGAGAUAUUUGUGCUAGUCUCUUAUUGGAAUCUGGAAAUAAUGAACGUUUAAGAUAUAUUCGAUUACAUAAUGGUCCUGAUCAAUCACUUUCUGAAUUGAUUAAAAGUUUAAUGAUGAGACAAUUUGUAGAGGAGAGUACUCAACUUUACUUAUGCACUGAAUACAAAGCAGCUGGUGUACACAAUGUUGCCAUUUUUGCUAACCAACUAUCUUUGAAACACUUCGUCAAUACAGGAUUCGAAGUGGUAGAAUGUGGUUCAAAGUUAUACCAAGUAUGCGGGAAUAGUUGGUUCAAGAACCGGUGUCUAAUGACAAGGACAAUCACGGCUGGGGACUGUCGAUCAGCUUGAUACUUUUAAAUACUAAAACUAAUUGCAUUUUUCAAAUAUUGUCAAUAUUAUAUAAUAUUUGAUUUAAAAAUUAAUAAAUUAUCUAACUCAAUUUCGAGAAACAAUAUUUUUUAAGAAGUAAAAAAAAUAAUCAUUUUAUCUUAUUUUGAAUGGUUUCAUAGGCAAGGCAUAAUAAAAUCACUAGUCUCACGUACUUCAUUUGCGUAGUCGCUUAGAAAAUCAAUAGAGGCAAUGUUUAGAGAUGCAUUUCGAAUGAUAUCUCUUUGAUAAUUAAGUUGAAAUUCACGGACAAUCUAUAAUACGAACUCUGACAGAUACUAAACAUUGUCACAAACAAACAAAGAACUAUCUAUAACCAAUGUUACAUGUUAUUAUUUGAGUCAGCAAUAAAUCUUAGUUGAUACAAAUUGCCAAAGUGGUCCAACGAAAAAAGAUAAAAUUUAAAGAGAGGAAAAUUAAACGUCAGAAUUACUGACAGUAAAAAGAUUAAACAUAACUCGUAGGGGAAAGAG